AUGCAAAGCUACACCGGAUCAGAAGACGAGUUAUACAGUAGCACUUUUGAAGAAGCUUUUGAAGAAAUGAACCAUUCCGACCCGCCAUCGGAAUCGGAGUCUGAAUUCGACUUUACCCCUCCGACGAAAGGCGACACAAACGCGUGCAAUUCCCUGCCGCAACAGGCCGUCCCAUCACAGUCCGGUCCUGAACCAUGCACGGUCGAAGUCUCGGAUCGCUACACUGUCAUUGAAGGUUACCUCGUCUUUAUCAACAAGAACGGCACCAAAGCCGUGCGUUCUUACAUUCCCCAAAGCAAUACUAUAAACAAGAGGGAGGGAGAAGUGCUUGAAAAACUGAACAUUAUAGAUAUGAACGAGUUAUACAACAGGUACAGCUACUCUGAUCUUAUUCCCUGCUCCUCAUCAAAAUUGUUUGACUACAUGGGGACAGAGACUGUUUCUGUUAUCGAAACGGAAUCAGGUUUCCAAAUUGCCAGUGGCCGCCAGAAGUCGGAGGCCAGGCCAAUGCAAGUCAUCCGCUACCGCCCUCUGCACAAAAAGAUCAAGUGUUUGUAUUAUGUCAGCCCCCAAGACACAAUCCAGAUCGCCACUAACAUCAAUUACGUUCCGAUAUCAACCGUCCGUGAGGUGGGAUUUUACAAGGAGAAACUGUGUUUGCAUAACUUGCGCUUUAACGACAACGACUUGGAACUUAUCGGCCUGUUCCUGAAGGAAAAUUCAUCCAUGCGGGACCGUAUCUCUUUCGUAUUUAUGAAGUUCUACACGGAAGUGUGUGCUGGAGUUGUCAAAACAAAUUACACCAGGGACAGAUAUGGGGAAAUCUGCCCCUUCCCACGCGAGGUCGCCUCUGCUACGCUAGCGGGCUAUGUCCAUAAUCUAACCGUCUUUUUAUAUCUAGACGAGGUUUCCGACAAGAUAAGUUGUGCCGAAAAAGCGGCAAGACCGAAGAAAACUGUGUCGCUGUUCGACGGUGCCUUGGGAGACGAGAUGCUUCUUCAAAAUGCACUAUACUGGAGGGAAAUCAUCACGAACAGCUCUCACACCGACUAUCUCAUUAGUCUCUGUCGGCUGGCCACCGUCAACCUCAACCGGGUCACUGCCGCGAAGGUCGAAUUUCUCUCGGUGUCCCAGUACCGCCACGUUCUGGAUGCCAUCAAGGCCUGGACAACGUAUUCUGCCUUGUACCCCCAAACCGUGGGCGAGUCCGAGGAUGUCAGUGACCUGUUCACGAAUAAGAAAUCACAAGCAUGGAAGUCACUUACCACAACGUACUCUCUGCUGUAUGACCAAUUGAAGACCGAAAACAGGAACAUCGUCAGAGAACUCGGACCUUUAAAUUGCAUUGUGGGAAACAAGAGCUUCUCGAGGGGCUAUCUCGUGGUAGCUCUAAGGCGACGUACCAAGCGCGAGUUUGAGAGAGCAUUGCAGGCGCUUAAUCGAUUCUUCAGCAAUAUCUUGAAGGUGGACAUUGUUGCAGAGCAACUACUCAGGGACCGGUCCAUCGAUGUUUCCGAAGACGUGCAGGCUGUUAAUUUGUCGUUUCUCAGACUUUUUGUAGGAAAUACCUUAACUAGUGUGCUUCCGUGCAAGAAGCGAGCAAUAUCUGACAGCGAAAAGAAAGAGGUUUUCCGCCUAGUCAACGUCUGUGCCCGUGCCAUUAUCUGGAUGAUAUUUAUCGGGACGGGCCUGCCAUAUCUGUUCCCAGAGAUCGUUCGACUAAAGUUUUCCGGGAGUGAUCGAAAUAUCUACAUCGAUCCGACCACCCGCGGUCUCGAGAUCCGGACAACGUCCUCGAUGGCUCAGACUAACAGGCGGUCGACUAAGUUGUUGGACACGACUACCUCCAACUACCUCUUCUUCUACAUAAUGAUCAUAGUUUCGCUGCGCAACGAUGUGGUUGGUUCGGAGUUUGCGGGUAUGUCCCGAGAUCUCUACAAUGAGAUGGGGUCGAAGGUACCGACCCCUCCCAACAAAGGUACAGACAUGGUCGCUGUGUCGCUCUCGGACAGAGAUUACUCCUAUCAAGUUAUUCACACCUUUUUAUUUGCUGAUGUGCUUGCCGGGAAAUUGCUUAAAUACGAGCAGUUUAACAGAAGGACCGGUCAGUAUCCUCGCUCAGUUCAUAAAAACGCUUGCUUGAACUUCAGGGAGCUCCGUUAUGGGAUUAUGUACUUCAUGCGGAAGCACGCAAAUAUGGAGAAGAUAACUCUGGCCGUCAAUGCUGUUGAGGAGUAUGCUGGAUACAUUGCCGUCACUGGUAGCCGGGUCUAUGACCGCAAUGACAGUGCUAAAUCCUUCAUAGACUCCGAAAUAGCGUUGGCCUGGCAUAGGUUCCUUGGUCUUGAAAUGACUAGGGAAGUGACGGCAGCAAAAAAGGAGGAAAGCGAUAAGAGAAAAUACCGGCCACAGGGAUCUCCAGGGGAUUUGGUCGUUGCUGGGCGGCUGCUAUAUGGCGAAACCUUUUUGUUUAGGAAGGGACAACAGGACGUGGCUAAUGCAGUAUAUCUGGGUACUGAACAUUUGAUUCCAGUCCAGGCCCCACCAGGUUCUGGGAAGACAGUACUGUUUCAGAUUCCAUUGAUUGCUGUGAAGAAGAGGAAUUCGGUACCGAAGGUGGUGUCUUUUGUGUUUGUGCCGUACAUUCCGUUGAAGGCCAACAUGAUUGACCGCUUGAAAACGAGGGGAAUACUAGAUGUCGGGGAUGUAAUUGAACUGUGGCGGAAUGGAGACAGCAUCGAGGAGCGAACACUAACCGCUGAUGUAUAUGUUGGAACCUUCCGCGAUAUGGGCACUGAUGCCUGUAAAAGGCUAAUCGGCGGCUGGUACCAAAAUUUCAAAAAGACCUUUUUGGGAUUAAUUGUAGUCGAUGAGGUCCAAAACUUCAAAUCCGUACUCGGCUUCGGGUCAAAAUUGUACAAAUCAAUUUGUCAAAUUAAUUUUGGUUUAGCGUGGAAAGUCGUGGUUUUAUCCAGCACGAUCGGGUGGCAAGGGUUUGCGAAACCUCUGCAGAGAAUAGGGUUCGAGACGCCAUUAACCACGGAGCUAUCAUUGGACUCAAAGUGCUACGUCCACAACUUAGUAGAUGAAAUGCCACUUGCUAGUUCUGUCAAGUGGUUUGCAGAGUGUGCCUCGUCCAAAUUGUGUCUGGAAAGGGCUGUAAUACUGGUGAACCAAUUUAUGGCCUCCGAAGAAAAGUCGAAGGCUAUUCUGGUUUGCCGCACAAGGGAACAGGUAGGCAUACUUGCAAGAGAUCUAGUUGCGCACGAUUCGCUUUACAUUCAUGAUCAACUGAGCGAUGUAGAUCAGGGACACGCCAUGCGAGUGUUCACCGAAGAUCCGUCAAAAAGGGUACUCAUCGGCACAAAGGACGUGACCGAGGGUAUUGAUGUGCAGAACUUACAGCUUGUCGUCCUCGUCGAUUAUCUCCCUUCAGUCGAGGUGUUUGUUCAGGCUGCCGGAAGGAUACGAGGAGACGGAUUAUGUAUAGUCCUUUGGUCGUCCUCCAGUAAUGACGGCGCUCCUGGCAGACUAACCCCUGGGUGCUUAACCCCACAGCUGAAUAGUUUUUACGUGUUGAGUCAAAAAGGGCAUGUGGGCUGCUGUGGGGACUACAAUACGAAGAACCUUCGCCCAGUUGAAUUUGUCGAGCGGGUGUUCCCAAAAAUGGUGGAGUUUCCCAUACUGAACAAGAACCAAUGGGAGGCAUUCGAUGACGAGCGGUUGCCCAGAACAUUAUCUACGAGAAAGUCGUCACUUACUUCAGAAUCGAAUAGCGUCACAGGUUCACAUUCUGGCUACUCCUUCGAAAGGUCCCGGACCGACCCGACCACACUCUUUACCGUCCCGCCGAUUGCCACCCCCGCCCAAAUACGGAUGGCAAGCAAAUACCCAGCAGUCCACCUGGAACGCCUUCACCAAGCGAACCGCCAGUGA